AUGCAACAAGGCCACAUGAUACCAAUGGUCGACAUUGCACGAAUACUAGCCCACCGUAACGGCACAGUUACAAUCAUCACAACUCCAGUUAACGCCACCCGUUUCAAGCCAGCCAUCGAUCGGGCAAUCCAAGCCAAGCUCAAGAUCCAUGUUAUCGAACUUCAACUUGCCUUAGCCGAAGUUGGUUUGCCUGAAGGAUGUGAAAAUUUCGACAUGAUUCCAUCGGUUGAUCUCUUUGUUAACAUUUGCAUCAUCUCGGACAACCAAUUUCCCUGGACGACUGAUAUAGCUCAUCGGUUCGGUAUUCCUAGACUUGUGUUUCAUGGACCGGGAUGCUUUACGUACUUGUGUUUACACAUUGUGAUGAAUACUAAUGUACUAAAUGAAAUCAGCUCUGAUUCGGAUUACUUUGUGUUGCCCGGGAUACCUGACCGGAUUGAGCUCACGAAGGCACAAGCAGGCGGUUGGGGGAAAAUUAGGGAGAUAGAAGGGAUGGAGGACUUCUUUGAACGAAUGAGUAUGGCCGAGGAAGGUGCGGAUGGGGUCGUGGUUAAUAGUUUCGAAGAGCUGGAGCCGAACUAUGUUAAACGGCUCGCAGAGGCGAAAGGUAAGAAGGUAUGGUGUAUCGGGCCGGUUUCACUGCAUAACAGAAGUUUUCUAGAUAUGGCAGAGAGAGGAAAGAAGGCCGGGAUCAAUGGGCAUGAUUUAUUGAAAUGGUUAGAUACGAAGGAUCCGCGAUCGGUGAUCUUUGUUUGUUUGGGAAGUAUGUCGAGUCUUAGCAACGAGCAGGUACUCGAGCUCGGGUUGGGAUUGGAGUUAUCAAGCAUACCGUUUAUUUGGUGUAUAAGAUCAACCACAGACGAGACGGACAUAUGGUUAUCGGGAUAUGAAGAAAGGGUAAAAGAUAGAGGCUUAAUUGUUCGCGGUUGGGCGCCACAAGUCUUGAUACUGUCCCACGAGGCGGUUGGUGGUUUUGUAUCUCAUUGUGGUUGGAACUCGACUCUUGAAGGGCUUUCAGCCGGGGUACCGAUGGUUACAUAUCCACAAUUUGCGGAUCAGUUUUUAAAUGAAAGACUUGUGGUAGAUGUGUUGAAAACAGGAGUGAGCAUUGGUAUGGAGGUUCCUGUUGCUAUUGGAGAGAAAGAUAAGUUUGGAGCGUUGGUGAAGAAAGAGAACAUCAAGACGGCGGUAGAAAGUGUAAUGAACGACGAAGGGGAGGGAAAGGCGAGAAGAGAGAGAGCUAGAGAGUUUGGGGAAAUGGCGAAGAAAGCAAUGGCGGAAGGGGGUUCUUCGUAUGUCAACACGACGUUGAUGAUGCAAGAUGUUAUUGAGGAAUUAGCCAAGAACACAAAACCGAUUCAAGAUGUAUUCUAGGCAUUCUAAUGUGUAGAUGGACUGAAUGUGACUAGGUCCAUUUUAAGAUUUUCAGGUGUGAUUGUUUACAAAUUUUUACUUUGAAUGCAACCUUUGAUUGAGUUCCAG